AUGGGCAAACAAACCCAUGCCACCACAAAUUCUCCGAUGCGUCAACCCUGGCUGAUCGCCUCGUGGCCUGUGCUCGCCGCUUGUGCACGAUGGCAUCAAGUGCGCGGCUCGGAUAUUAGUCCACCGCGAAGAUCGGACUUCAGCCCGUGCCGUCGUCUCCAGCCCAGCCCAGCCCAGUCCCAACCGGGCACCCUCGAAGAAUGGGUCCAACCACUUCGCACCCGACCUGCACUUCCCCUGGCACGGAUCAGCCGGGGCGACGCUGGGCCCUGCUGCCCUGAGGCUCUGGCACUCGGCCCUAUGCGUCAUGGCGGCCCACUGGAAGAUAACGACGUCCCACUGCGGCAGGGGUGGAUUCAGGAGGGUCCCUUCGGAUCCUGUCAGGCGCAGCUUUCAUGGGAGGAUGCACUCCAAACAUUGGUUCUCUUGACUCACAGCGAGUCCUUUGAACGGUCGCUGCCUUCUCGUACCUACACACUGGGCAUUCUGUUACACCUGCUUAUGGGAUUCGGUGGUAUCGAGAGACACCACGCUGCCUUUCGUGCCAGGAUCGAGCAACGGCCAGUGACCAAAGUCGGCAGUCCAAAUAGAGCGAUAUGCCGACACACAUCAACUGGUCGGCAUAUUAACUUGAAACGCGCAGGACUAUCCGUACACAACGCCAUUUGUGUCGAGCCUAGACGACCGCCAUCUGGUGGAUCCCAGCCGACCGAAAGAUUAGGAAAGGAGAACACACCCGGCCAGGCCAGCUGGGACCACUCGCGAGAUUCUAUUGGCUUUCGUCUCGAUUUCUUGAUUCAUCUUCUUGGGGUAGACCGAUAG